ACAGAACUGAUUCCAGCCGCCAGAGCGCGCUGCGCGAGACAAACAACAACAUCAACAUCCGGGUCACGAGCACAUCGUCAGCGUCUCUCCAGAAAAUGGCCAGCGUCAAGCAGCAGCGCGUUUGAAGUAGACCCGCGGCGCGGCGGUAUGCGACAGCGGCGAUGAGCAGCAGCAGCAGCAGCGGCUCCGCGGCGGAGAUCGAUCACGCGCAGCUGCUGGCGGAGCAGCUCGGCUCGCUGGUGGCGGGACAGCUCUACAGUGACGUCACCUUCCUGGUGGAGCACAAGCGCUUUCCCGCGCAUCGCGUCAUUCUGGCGGCAAGAUGCCACUACUUCAGGGCUCUGCUGUACGGCGGCAUGAAGGAGUCUGAGCCGCAGGCCGAGGUGCGUCUGGAGGACACGCGGGCCGAAGCCUUCGGGAUGCUGCUGCAGUAUCUGUACACGGGCCGGGCCAGUCUCAGCGCCGCGCGCGAGGAGCUGCUGCUGGACUUCCUGGGCCUGGCCCACCGCUACGGCCUGCAGCCGCUGGAGGACUCCACGUCCGAGUUCCUGCGCACCGUGCUGAACUCACACAACGUGUGCCUGGUGCUGGACGCGGCCGCACUGUACUCGCUGAGCGCCCUCGCCGCCGCCUGCUGCUGCUACAUGGACCGGCACGCUCCGGACCUGCUGCGGGCCGACACGCUCCUCACGCUCUCCAAGGCGGCUCUGCUGACCGUCGUCCGGCGCGACUCUUUUGCGGCCAGCGAGCGGGAGAUCUUCCAGGCUUUGGCCCGCUGGUGUCGGCAGAACGGCGACGGCACGGACACACAGGAAGUGAUGUCAGCGGUGCGUCUGCCGCUCAUGACGCUGACCGAGAUGCUGAACGUGGUGCGACCGUCGGGUCUGGUUAGUCCCGAUGACCUUCUGGACGCCAUCAAGACGCGCUCGGAAACCCGAGACAUGGACCUGAACCACCGCGGCAUGCUGGUUCCGGAGGAGAACAUCGCCACGAUGAAGUACGGUGCUCAGGUGGUCAAAGGCGAGCUGAAGUCGGCGCUGCUCGACGGAGACACGCAGAACUACGAUCUGGACCACGGCUUCUCCAGACACCCCAUCGAGGAGGAGGGGCGCUCCGGGCUCCAGGUCAAACUCGGCCAGGCCUUCAUCAUCAACCACAUGCGCAUGCUGCUGUGGGACCGGGACAGCCGCUCGUACUCGUACUACAUCGAGGUGUCUGUGGAUGAGCUGGACUGGGUUCGAGUGGUGGAUCACUCCAGGUUCCUGUGCCGCUCCUGGCAGAACCUCUUCUUCUCUCCUCGGGUCUGCAGGUACGUGAGGAUUGUAGGAACACACAACACCGUCAAUAAAGUCUUCCAUCUGGUGGCCUUCGAGUGCAUGUUCACCAGCCGUCCCUUCACUCUGGAGAGGGGGCUUGUGGUGCCGAGUGAAAACGUGGCCACGGUCUCGGCGUGUGCGAGUGUGAUCGAGGGAGUGAGUCGCUGCAGAAACGCUCUCCUGAACGGAGACACACACAACUACGACUGGGACUCGGGCUACACCUGCCACCAGCUGGGCUCCGGAGCCAUCGUCAUCCAGCUGGCACAGCCCUACAUCAUCAGCUCGCUCAGGCUGCUGCUGUGGGACUGUGACGAGCGCUCCUACAGCUACUACAUCGAGCUGUCCACCGACCAGCAGCACUGGACCAGAGUGCUGGACCGGACCGCCGUGGCCUGCCGGUCCUGGCAGACGCUCUCGUUCGACAAGCAGCCCGCGGCGUUCGUUCGGAUCGUGGGAACACACAACACUGCCAACGAGGUCUUUCACUGCGUGCACUUCGAGUGUCCGGCGCAGCUGGCCCCGGCCCCGGCCCCGGCCCCGGCCCCGCUCCGUCCUCGUGACGCUCCUCCGGGGAGCAGACCACUCUUCAUCACACCUCCGCGCUCUGAGUGAGCUCCGCUGCAUCGCCCGGGGCUUAUGGGCCGAUUUUGUUCUGUUUUUAUGUUAUUUAUUAGAUUGUUUACUUAUUAUUAGAGCUGUCAAACGAUUAAUCGCAUCCCAGACAAAAGUUUUUGUUUACGUAAUGUAUGUGUGUGUACUCUGUUUAUUAUGUAUAUAUAAAGACACACACAUGCACGUAUAUAUUUAAGAAAUAUGUUAUGUUUAUAUAUUAAAUAUGUUUAUAUUGUUAUAUGAAUAUAAAUAUAUCCAUAUAAAUACAUGUAAAUAUUUUCAAAAUGUAUGAUGUAUGUGUCUUUACAUAUACACAGUGCACACACGUAUAUUAUGUAAACAAAAACAUUUAAUUUGGAUGCUAUUAAUCGUUUGACAGCUCUAUUUAUUGUAAAUGUCAGUUGAUCUGAAGCAUCAUAAUUCAUAUUUAUUAAAUUAAGAGUUUUUGUCUUAUAAUAUAUUGAGUUUUGGUGAUGACGUCACACUAUAGCAUCGGUAGCGGACUGACACACUUCUUUUUAGUUAGAUCCAUCUGAGUGUAUUAACACAUCUGAUCCUAACUGAAUCAAAGUAUAAGUGAUAUUUUACUCUGCUCAGUGUUGUAUUUCUAGACUUUUUUACCUGCGGUGAUGAACACAGUAGGAGUAGAUGUAGUUUGAUAGAUGGAUCCUGAGCUCUCUGAGAGUCACUGGUCUUCCAGAGUCUGUGUUUGCUCUGGGCUCUGAUGCUGCUCGAGACACACACACACACACACACACACUCACACACUCACAGAUGUUCGUUUUUGUGAAAAGUGGGGACUCUCCAUAGGCGUAAUGGUUUUUAUACUGUACUUACUGUAUGUGCUAUUGCUCUACACCAACUCUACACCUAAACCUACCCCUUACAGGAGACUGUCUGCUAUUUCAGAUGUUCAAUACACUCCAUUCUGUGUGAUUUAUAAGCGUUUUGAAAAGUGGGGACAUGGAGUAAUGUCCUGAAAAGUCACCUUCUCCUUGUAAUACCUGUCAUACCCUUGUUAUUAUACACAUCUAUGUCCUGAUUUGUCACAAAAAAAACACACACUCACACGCUCUCUCUCUCUCUCACUCACUCACACACACAUACGCACACGUUUUGUAAAUCUGUAAAUAGACUCAUUUUGAGGUUGUGUGUAUUUCUCUGGGUUUGUAUCUGCUGAGCUCAUCAUUAAAGUGUUCUCACUAAA